AGUGCGAACCCCUCAAUUCGUGCCGCUCGACAAGAGGCUCGAUUCAGUUCAUUCAAGCUUCAUCGACAACUGCCCGCCUCAGCAGCGUUGAGUACUAACAACCAUCAUGGCGGUCAAUGCUACAGCUGCUGCCCAUCUCCUGGCGUCUCUAAAUCCCUUGUCUAUCGGACUUUCUGUCCUCUCGAUUGUGCUGCUCAAAGCCCUUCACGGACUGACCACCGACCGUCUUCGACACAUACCAGGCCCAUUCAUCGCUCGCCUCACCCCAAUCUGGUACUGGUAUAUCGUCUGGACAGGCAUCGAAUGUCGCGCCCUCGCAGCGUUACACAAGAAAUAUGGACCAGUCAUUCGCAUUGCGCCCAACGAAAUCGACAUAUGCGACGGAGCGGCCGUCCCUCCCAUAUACAUCGACAAUGGCGGUUUUCCAAAGCAUCCCGCCUACAGAAACUUUGACAUCGAUGGCUUUCCGACUAUCUUUUCGGCCACUGACAAUGCGCAUAGAGCUGUACGGGCCAAGGCAGUGGCGCCUCUGUUUGCGCAGCAGGCGAUUAACAACGGCAAGCCGGCCAUGCAGGGAAUCAUCGACGCGACACUGUCUGAAUUAGGACGCAGAAAGUCUCUCGCAGAGGGCAGACCAGUGGAUCUGUUGGACUUGUUUCGCUGCAUGGCGAUGGACGUCAUGACGAAGUACCUGGUUGGGGAAUGCUUCAACAGCGUCGGCAGCGAAAGGCUCAGUGCAACAGGCUUCGUCGACAGUUUUGCUGCGGCCGGGCGCUUCUUCUAUCUUCCAAGUUGGUUCUUCAGUGCAGUCGACUAUUUUGCUUCAAAACUCGAUAAGAAUCGUGUGUUAAUUGCCACAAGCGUCGAUACCGUUCACAGAUUCGCUGGCAAGGUCGUGGACGACAGCAUAGCUCAGGGUGAAAAGGCAACAUACCAGGGCCGGCUGCUCAAGGCUGGCAUAUCGCGAGAAGAGACUAUCGCGCAAAUAGUCGACAUCAUGUUUGCGGGAACAGACGGGAUUGCGCGGAUCCUGGCCGUCUUUUGCUGGCAUAUGGCUCAAGCUCCUGACAAAUAUGACCGUGCUUUUGAAGAGAUCGUGCAGAAUCCCGAUACUGAUGCUCGAUCGCUGCCCUAUCUCUCAGGAGCAGUCAAAGAGGCUGCGCGUCUUGCACUCGCAAAUCCCACCCGUCUUGCCCGAAUCGUCCCAUCCGGCGGUCUCAAAGUUCCCGGUCUACCUACCAUCCCGGCUGGCACAAGUGUUGGUAUCGGAGCAUAUGCACUGCAUCUGAGCCCUGAGGUAUUUCCAACGCCCUACGAGUUUCUGCCGGAGCGCUGGCUGGAGUGUACGCCCGAGAUGCUGCGGGACAGUUUCUACUUUGGCAGAGGGCCGCGGCAAUGCAUUGCGCGUAACUUUGCGUCUGCCAUUGUGUGGUGGGCUGCUGAGGCUCUGGUUCGAAACCGCGUGCUGGAUGGUGCGGAACCCGUGCAAGAGAAAAUUGAGAUUGUAGAGUGGUUCAACAGCAAGCAGGUGGGCGAUAACAUUGAGCUUAGCUGGCCGUAAGGUGCGAAACGUAAGA